GGCCCAAUUCCAUUUCAAGCCCAGAAUCGUGGUUACGGUUCCCAAGCUGCAUUUCGAUGGGCCGUAACCAACAGAGACCCACAAAAUCUACCCGACCCGUAACCCGUCUCAAUAGAGGACGGAUCCAAUUUUCCGGCCCGGUUCGUAUCAAUAUCCAAAUCUGCCAAAUAUCUGAAAUCCAAACCCUUUUAUCCUAUUUCGGGUCCUCCGUUCGGACUCUCCCUGAACUCCAUCGCCGUCUGGAAUUCUCUAACCCGAAGUUUUUCUCUGUUGUUGAAUCCAAGGAUGAUUGGGACUUAGCUGUUUGGCUCCACUGUGCUAAGAGGAUUGUCCAUGUCAUGGAAAUAAUUAAUGAGAUCCCCGCAAAGAAAACAAAGAGACUGACUUCUGUUGUCUGGAAUCACUUCGAAAGAGUCAGAAAGGCAGACGCACAGUAUGCUGUUUGUGUCCAUUGCAAAAAGAAACUAAGUGGAUCCAGUAAUAGUGGUACAACGCAUUUAAGGAAUCAUUUGUUGAGAUGUCUGAAGAGAUCGAACUAUGAUGUUUCUCAAAUACUUUCUGCCAAGAGAAAGAGAAAAGAAACCAGUCAGAGUCCUCUUCAUCAAAGUAAUCUUGGCCUUACAAGCAUCACCUAUGAGGAAGGGAAAAUAAAAGACGAAAUCCUCAGUCCCAUACCUAUUAGAUUUGACCCAGAGCAAAAGAAAGAUGAAAUUGCCCAAACUAUCAAUCUUGGAAGUAUCAAGUUCGAUCAAGAUCGCUGUAGGUUGGAUCUUGCUCGCAUGAUUAUGCGACAUGGUUAUCCGUUGGCCAUGGUCGACCAUGUUGGGUUCAAAAUAUUCGUCAGUAAUCUGCAGCCCAUGUUUGAGUUUGCCGAGCAAGCAGGAAUUGGGAGUGGUAGACGUUUGGUUCUCGACCAUCCAAUGCACUGGAACUCGACCUACUUGAUGCUUGAAUCAGCAAUUGAGUACAAGGCCGCCUUUCUCCUUAUGCAGGAGCACGACCCAUCCUACUCGAAGGCUUUAUCAGAGAGCGAGUGGGAACAGGCUAGUGCUGUUGCUGCCUAUAUGAAAUUUCUUCUCGAGUUCACUAAUAUCACCAAGACCCCGAUAGCAGUUUACCUAGUAGCAGCAAUCGACCACCCUAACACUAAGCAAUCUUCCGUUGCCCCUAUCUGUGGACACAAGUUGAUUUGCCAUACGGGGUCACCAAAUUUGAUGGUG